UGUCAUCAGCUGUGUCCAAUCACAGCUGAUCACUGAUCAUCAGGGCACUGGUGAUCAGUGUGCCUUGAUGAUCAGUGUAGCCCCAGCAGUGCCACCUGUCAGUGUCCAUCAGUGCCAGCGCUCAGUGAUCAUCCAUGCCACCUGCCAGUACCCAUCAAUGCCACAUAUCGGUGCCUACCAGUGCACAUCAAUGCCACAUAUCAGUGCCCAUCUGAGCUGCCUUUCAGUGUCGCCUUUCAGU